AUCAUGCGACGGGUGGAAGGACCUCUUUGAAUGUCCACGCUGAUGACUGGAAUCGUAACUGUACGAGAUUUGGUUCGUGUUCACGAAAAUUUAUGUCAUAAUCAAUUAUCCACAUUUUCUGGUGCAGCGAGUUAGCGUAAAGAGCGACGGUGCGCAAGCCAAACACCUUUGAAUAUGUCUGUAACGGAGAUGUUUAGCUACAUUCAAGGCUUUUUAAGUGCUGACCAAGAUAUUCGAGAGGACAUAAGAAAAGUAGUCCAGGUCCUGGAGCAGACAACGAGAGAGAUCCUAACUGUUCUUCAAAGUGUCCAUCAGCCUACUGGAUUCAAAGAGAUUCCCAGCAAGUGUCUGAAGGCCAGAGAACUGUUCUGCACUGUUAGAACUUACACUGGAGAGCUGAAAACAAAGUUCCCUGUGGAACAGUACUAUCGGUAUCACGAGCAUUGGAGAUUUGUUCUUCAGCGGCUUGCCUUUCUUGCAGCUUUUGUGGUAUACUUGGAAAGCGAGUCCUUGGUUACACGCGAGGAAGUGGCAAACAUACUUGCCAUUGAAGUUGACCGAGAAAAAGGGUUUCAUUUGGAUGUUGAAGACUAUCUAGCAGGAGUUCUCCUUAUGGCCAGUGAGCUGUCCAGGUUGGCAGUGAACAGUGUGACAGCAGGGGACUAUGGACGGCCGCUUCGUAUCUCAAACUUCAUCAAUGAACUGGACUCUGGCUUUCGCCUGCUUAAUUUAAAGAAUGACCCUCUCCGCAAGCGCUACGAUGGCCUCAAGUAUGAUGUGAAAAAGAUCGAGGAGGUGGUGUAUGACCUUUCCAUCCGAGGCCUUGCCAAGGAGCAGGAGACUGGAGGAGAUAAGUAGAGCCAGAAGGGAACUACUAAGAGGCCGCGGGGCAUUACCCUGGCUGGGAUUCUUCUCGAUUGGAAGAGUGGAUAAACCUAUCAGUGGGCAGUCAAUCGGAGGAAGAGGGGAGGAAAUGGAGGUUUUGAAGCCCCAGCAGCCUUGGACAGUGGCUGGACUUUUAAGCCACUUGUUCACCGUGAUGGAAAGCUGUUCAGGCCUGUUUUAGUGGGGAGAUGUUCAGUUUCUCACCACUUUUGAGAGAUACAUUUGUACAGAUGCAUUCUGUUUACUUGUGCUGUUUUAUUAUACUUCGUGUUUUUGUCUUGGUCAUCACUAUUGCGAAUCAUUGUAGUCAGAAGUUUAUCACUUGAACAGUUUUGGUGAGAGACAAAUUGGGGAAUGAUGUUGGAAACAGUGAAGUUCUAUGCUAGGUUUGUUACUUUCUGACAAAAAGACAUCAAGACAUUUUCAUAAUGUUAACCUACAGAUGUAAAAUUGCCAUUCACUAAGCUGAUUGAUUCAUUUGAUGUGGUUUUCCACAUAAAUAGCACUUUUCUUGAAUAUAACCAUGACUGAAAUACUGUAUUUGUUUAUCUUGCAGAGGCCUACAUGAAGAUAAAAUUGAUAAACUUGUGCCAAAGUUCCUGAGCCUAAAUGUUCAGUUUUUAUACUGCAAAGACAUCUUGGUAUUUGAAUUGGUAAUGUAAAUGAUGUUCAAAUCAUCAGAAUCAGGAGACUUUCUUAAUGCACUUGGUAACUUGGCUUCUUGCUGCGCAUGUUUGAUUACUUGCCUUCAUUUCUACUUGUCAGAUCAUUUGUUCCCUGGCCUUAUGUUGUUGCAUGCUGCACACAACCUGUAGAACUUAAACCUUCCAAGCAAAUGUUUCGAAGAGAAAACUGUGAGUGCAUAUGUUUUCCUUUCUUAAGGCUUUAAUGGCGACUUUUAUGUUCUUACCUCUUUUGUUUGGUGAUUCACAACAGACAUCUUUUGACUGCUCGUUGUUGUGUUUUUUUUUUUUUUGUGGGUGCAUGUGUUUUAUCUGCUUUUUGAAUGUUUGUUUGGGUAAUACUAAAAAACUAUUUCAAGUAAUAGUCAGCAAUAACACUUUGUAUUCUUUCCCCCCAACAAAAGGUUUCUCACAAAUAUUUCUUAAUUUACCAAGUAUUUGUUCAUGUGGUAGUUCCAACUUUUGACCCUCAUUUUUCAUUUGAGAAAUGUUUAAUAAUGAUACGUAAUAAAGAUUUUCACUGGGAAAAUUUUUUUCUCAGAAAAACAAAUCUGGAUAAUUGUCAUUUUUUAUUGUAAUUCACAAUAUUUUACACAACAAAAAUAUGAAAUUAGGUUUUAUAAGAACAGAAAAAGUAUUUAACAGCUUGAUUGGUCUAAGUAUUAUUUCAGACAAAGUUCACUGGCAGGUAAAAUUCCUCUUUCUGUUGUGUAAUGUGGAAGCUAAGAUGUUUCUAACAGUUUUGAUGCCAUUGGAAAAACAGUAAAUAUUCUUGUUGAAACCUAAAUACAAAAAGUGUCAUCAGUGUCGAUUUGAAACAUACAAUGUGGGUGAUAGCUAUUGCUGAAGUCAACUAUGGUUCAUAUUUCUCUUAAAGCUCAAACAAUCUUUAAAACAAAGUACAGUAAAGCUUUGUAAACUGCAGAACAAUGUCCUCACUCCAGUUUUAGGACCUUAAUAUUAAAGUGCAUCAAACGAAAACAUGUAACAUUUAGCAAGUUGUCAUAUGAAGCAUGGUUUUUACAUCAGUGGGGAAGUUGGAAUAUAGCAGCUACUGAAAAGGAAUAGUUUUUCAAUAUUCGGACUUAAGGCCUGAUUUGUGGGCUAGAAGAGGGAAAACAGAAUUAUACUAAUGACUCAUUCAAUAUGAAAUAAAAACAAAGGCACAUAUGACCUCCCCCUCAAAUGUUACCAAGGAAAGAAACAGCGUAAUCAUUAAUUGGGG